GCAUGUGGAAUGGAAAAUGGAUUCCGAGUUUAUAAUGCAGAUCCACUCAAAGAAAAAGAAAAACAAGAGUUUCUAGAAGGUGGUGUUGGCCACGUUGAAAUGUUGUUCCGUUGCAACUACUUGGCACUAGUAGGUGGAGGAAAAAAGCCAAAGUACCCACCUAACAAAGUCAUGAUCUGGGAUGACCUGAAGAAGAAGACUGUCAUUGAGAUAGAGUUUUCUACAGAAGUCAAAGCAGUUAAGCUGCGAAGAGAUAGAAUUGUGGUAGUCUUGGACUCGAUGAUUAAAGUUUUCACUUUCACACACAAUCCCCACCAGCUGCACGUCUUUGAAACCUGCUACAACCCUAAAGGUCUCUGUGUCCUUUGUCCUAAUAGUAAUAAUUCCCUUCUUGCAUUUCCUGGAACUCACACUGGGCACGUGCAGAUAGUGGAUCUUGCCAAUACAGAAAAGGCUCCUGUUGACAUCCCAGCACAUGAAGGAGUCUUGAGCUGUAUCGCUUUAAACCUGCAGGGAACAAGAAUUGCAACAGCAUCAGAAAAAGGGACCCUCAUAAGAAUAUUUGAUACUUCAUCAGGGCAUUUAAUCCAGGAGCUACGAAGAGGAUCACAGGCAGCCAAUAUAUACUGUAUUAACUUCAAUCAGGAUGCUUCCCUCAUCUGCGUGUCCAGCGACCACGGCACAGUUCACAUCUUUGCUGCAGAAGACCCUAAAAGAAAUAAACAGUCAAGUUUGGCCUCUGCCAGCUUUCUCCACAAAUACUUCAGCUCCAAAUGGAGUUUUUCCAAAUUUCAGGUUCCCUCAGGCUCUCCAUGCAUUUGUGCCUUUGGAACAGAGCCAAAUGCUGUCAUAGCAAUAUGUGCAGAUGGCAGCUACUACAAGUUCUUAUUCAACCAAAAAGGGGAGUGCUCAAGGGACGUCUAUGCUCAGUUUCUAGAAAUGACAGAUGACAAGCUCUGAUGGGAGAGCAGGGGGCUUAGCACUGCCUUGGCCAUUCCACAGCUUGGGAAGGACAGUAUAUGAAUGUCCAAUACUGAUCAAGUUUAGCAGACCUCACUGAGAAGCCUGGCCCACCAUUAUCAGAACAAGCUCUGAAGUAGUGGACUACAUAUGUUUAUUCCCAUUUCUGCAAGUAUUCAUCAUUAAAAUCUCUUUGGGUUACUGUC